CAGCUUCUUCUUCCUGAGUGUAAACCCUGCAGGCGUGGCUGCAGGUAAUCACUGUACUGAGACACAUCACAGCAACACACGCAGAUUAAAGGACGCUGCUGGCGGCGUCCGUUUUAAUCUACAAACAAGAGACCAGAGCCCUCUAGCAUUGCAGGAAGUUGUGUUUAUGGCUGCAGGUGUUUUUCAAAACACCAUUGUAUGAGAGGUGAUGUCAUGUUGGAACACUAUGGCAGCAACAGACACAAAAAAAGCCACACCCAAAGUCCUCAGAUCACAUGCUCUGUGUGUUUACAGAGCGAUACUAGUUCGUUGAAAAAAUAUUAAGUCACGUGAGGCAACACGAAAAAAAAAGAGGGCAGGGCGAAAUAACAAAGUCCUCUUGCUCCACACAAACAAAAUCAAGAACCGCAGCUGAGAAAGGAAGUGGAAAAGUGGAAUAUACAGUAGGCAAAUGAAUGGAUGAAUUAGUUUCAUCAAUAUGAUCUCACACCUUGCAGGACACAAUGGUGGAAGAAACUAGACAGCAGAAAAACGCCACAACCCUGCAGGCUGGACCUGCUGAGGUUGACCACAGUAAUCUCUAUGCAUUCAAUAUGAGAGUCACCCAGACUAUCGGACGACAGCUGGCUCAAAUAGGGGACGAAAUGGACAAUAAAUGGCGCCAAGAACCGCCUGUCCCAUGGCAGAACCUGAAUUUCGGGAUUUAUCCUUAUGUCCUAAGUAGGAGAGUGUUCUCUGGAAGAAUCCUCGCUAAUCUUUGGGGGUCUAAGAUUAUGCCGAUAUUCAGGACGUCCUGGUUGCUUCCACAGCUUCAAAAUGGCUGUCAGGAGGCUAGAAAGUGGGCAGCUUGGGUGUCCAACUUGCAUGUUUCUGACUGGUCUCGCAGCACUACAUACACCCUGGCAUCUGCUUUACUACUGGUCACUGUGUCUAUCUUCCUUGUAAACUGGAAUGAGUAUGAAGGCUGAAUGUGACAGAGGGGUCAAGAGCUGGUCUUUGGCUCAAAUUUAACCAAUCCUGUUUUAUUUUAAUUUUUGUUUUGUUUUUUAAAGAAAUCGCUUAUUUUGCAUUCUCUUUUAUAACUAUGAAGUAAAUUUUUGCAAGAAGUUUAAGACUGUUCUCUUUGUUUGUUUAUUUGUUGGGUCUAUUUCUGGAAAAUUGGGCCAAUGAAUUAUUACCUCUUCCUAUAAAAGUUCUACUAAAGGAAGCUGGACUUUCCAAAACACCAAAUGCAAUAAAAAAUGUUUAAAAAAA